AUGCUCAAGUUUAUUUCGCCGACUUUAAAAUUAUAUGAAGACAAUAAAUUUGGGACGGAGGAAUUUUCAAUAGCACAAACAAGGCAUUUAAGAAGCGACGACGUCGUUUGCCGAAUUUCAGCUACAAACAACAAACUUUAUUUCUUUUCCCUCCAAAAAGUUUGCCGACAAGGAGACAAAAUGUUGAGGAUCAGCUCCCGCCGUUUGGCGUCCCACUUCGAUGCCCUUCGCCGCGGGCCACCGCCUUUCCUCAAUCCUUCAUCUUCCUAUGCGACGACCUUCACCCCUGGAACCGGCUGCAGUGACCGUGAAUCCGGUCUUAAUCAACCCUCAGCUCCGCCACAACCAUUGCCGCCUCCAAUUCAGGUCGGAUUUACAGCCUCGGCCGGCCGAGGUGUUUUUGCUACUCGGAGAAUCGGAGCAGGGGAACUCAUCCACACGGCCAAACCUGUUGUUUGCCACCCUUCUCUAUCUUUUCUCCACAGUGUCUGCUACUUUUGCCUGAAAAGGCUUCCCGCAAAUAAUAGUCACAGCUUCAACGACGAGGAUCUUAUGCCGUUUUGCAGCGACGAGUGCAAAAUCCAAUCCAAGUUUUUUCAAGAAGUUGAGAAGACAGCUGAUUGGUCAGCUUUUAACGAUUAUUGCCUGACACAUGGUUUAAAGUAUCCUCUGUUAGUGAAGCGGUUUGCUUGUCUUGUCAUAUCUGGAGUUGCAGAUGCUGCAACUCUUGACAUACUACAGCCUGCUAGUUUAAGUUCUGACAUGAUUGCUCUGGUUGAGAAGGAGUUUAGUUUACUCAGAAGUACCCUACAGGAUGCAGAUAUACCAACAGAGCAGUUGGCAUUUAUGACCAAGAAAUGGUACACCAGCGUGUUAGCGCGUAUACGAAUUAAUGCCUUCAGGGUGGAAUUGGCUUGUGGAUCCUAUGAAGACCUUCUUUCUUCUGCGGCUGCUUCAGUGGAGGCAGAGGCAGCUGUAGGGAAUGCUGUUUACAUGCUUCCGUCUUUCUACAAUCAUGACUGUGAUCCUAAUGCGCAUAUCCUAUGGCUACAUAAUGCGGAUGCACAAGUGAAAGCUCUCCGUGAUAUUGAAGCAGAUGAAGAGUUGCGGAUAUGCUAUAUCGAUGCAAGGCCAGCAAGUAGGAAGGAAAACAGGAGGAAAACUCUACAUGAUAGGAGAAGUAUGGGAAGUAGGAAAGUAGGGGAGCAUCAUCCCUUUUGUGCUCUCUUAGUUAUGGACGCAUUGUCUUCUUCUUUAAGCUCCUCCGUCUUCAACAUUACAUCAAACAAUGAGGUGAGGAGGAGGAGGAGAAGUGAAAUUGCUGGUAGUACUACUAGUAAUACAUCAAGCAAUAAUGUGGUAAGGCUGUCAGGGAAUGGUAAUAACAACUUCUUGUUCAGAGUGAAGAAGAACAUCAGGGUGUGCUGCCAAAGUGGUGGAGGCGGUGGUGCUGGGAAGGCCAUUAAGUCUAGUGGGUCAUCUUCUGUCGUCACUGAAAGAUCAAGUUUGAUCAAUGCUGAUGAUCAUCAUCAUCAAAGUGCUGCAGGUCUGAUGGAAGCAACCAAUUUGAUUUUGAGUCCUAAUGGUGGUGGAGGUGGAGUUAACAGUCAGGCUGAGCUUGAGGUGAAUGGGACCUUGACAUCGCUGAUGGAGACACCAGAGCAUGGAAUUGGGAUCGCCAGGUUUCUUGGAGGAAAGACAUUUUUCGUUACUGGUGCUACUGGAUUUCUUGGAAAAGUUCUUAUAGAGAAGAUAUUAAGGUCUGCACCAGAUGUCAGUAAGAUCUUCAUCUUGAUCAAGGCAAAGAACAAGGAAGUUGCCAUGGACAGAUUGAAAAAUGAGAUUAUCGAUGCGGAGCUUUUCAAGUGUCUCAAGCAAACCUACGGGAAAUCGUAUCAAGCUUUUAUGUUGAGCAAGAUGGUUCCAGUAGUUGGAAAUAUAUGUGAAUCUAAUCUGGGCUUAGAUCAAGAUACGACAACCAUGAUUACAAAGGAAGUUGACGUUAUUGUCAACUCUGCAGCCAACACAACUUUUGAUGAAAGAUAUGAUGUUGCCCUAGACAUAAACACUGGAGGACCAAGCCGUUUGAUUACCUUCGCAAAGCAAUGCCACAAAGUUAAGCUCUUUUUACAUAUUUCCACAGCUUAUGUAAACGGCCGCAGGCAAGGAACAGUAAUGGAAAAACCCUUCUGUAAUGGUGACAGUAUAGCGAGAGAGAAGAGCCUCAUGUAUGGAGCAGAUCAUAUAAUUCUCCCAGACUUAAAUGUUGAAGAAGAAUUAAAGCUAGUGAAAGAAUCAAAACAAGUUCUCAAAGAUGAUGAUGUCCUGGUUCAAGAAAUGAAGAAUCUUGGUUUAAAGAGGGCGAACAAAUUUGGAUGGCAAGAUACAUACGUCUUCACAAAGGCUAUGGGAGAAAUGAUGAUUGACAGUUUAAGAGGCGACGUACCUGUUGUAAUCAUUAGGCCAAGUGUUAUAGAAAGCACCUACCGAGAACCAUUUCCUGGAUGGAUGGAAGGUAACAGGAUGAUGGAUCCUGUUGUCUUGUACUACGGGAAAGGACAACUCUCAGCAUUUCUGGUAGACCCCGAUGGUGUCCUUGAUGUAGUUCCAGCAGAUAUGGUUGUUAAUGCGACUUUAGCAGCCAUGGCAAAGCAUGGGGAAGCUGGAAAAUCAGAAAGCAAUAUCUACCAGAUUGCUUCAUCUGUUGUAAAUCCUUUAGUUUUCAAAGACCUUGCAACACUGCUUUAUGAGCACUUUGGUUCCUGUCCAUGCAUAGACUCCAAUGGGGCUCCAAUUCAUGUUCCACGAAUGGAGCUAUUCAACUCUAUGGACGAUUUCUCCUCACACGUCUGGAGAGAGGCGAUGCACCGAAGUGGUUUAGCAGGAAUGACUCAUCCGAAUGGCAAGAUACCCGAAAAGCUCGAGAACAUCUGCAGAAAAUCAGUGGAGCAAGCAAAGUACCUAGCCAACUUAUAUGAGCCAUACACUUUCUAUGGUGGAAGGUUUGACAACAGCAACACGCGCAUGUUGAUGGGAUGCCUGUCUGAAGAAGAAAGAAGGCAGUUUGGAUUUGAAGUUGAGAAAAUAGAUUGGAAAGACUAUAUCUCCAAUAUACAUAUUCCCGGCCUUAGAAGACACGUCAUGAAGGGUAGAAUGGGAUGCAGCUAG